GACAUUUUCAUCCAAACCGCUCCGUUUUUUCCACAGCCUAUCUCUUCUGCGCGGCUAAGCGCAGCUCCCUAUUGUUUAAACUGUGAGGGGGGGAAAAACAUUCCGCUUGUUCUAUAAGCGCACCCAGUGAGUCAUUUUUUUUUUUGAUGUGAUGCUCGUUUAUGACUGCUCUGAAUGCUGCAUUCAUUUUCAACUUCUCCGAAUUCUCCACUUAGACUUGAGCUGCAUCAUGAAUAGUUUGGGGGCACCUUUGAAUCGCAUACCUCUGGAAUGGUGGGGAUUACACAGCCGAAACCUGGAGGGCAUGUAAACGCAGAUGGAGUUUGGGAUUUAUUGCAAAAUAAGGGAAAGAUGACCGUCUUCUCAUUGUACUUGCUUUUGUGCGCAGAUCUACUGGAUUUAGCCGUCGGAUAUUUGACAGUUUCCAUAGAGCCCCUGCCUCCUGUUGUUGUUGGUGAGACUGUUACUCUCAAGUGUAACUUCAAAACUGAUGGAAGGCUGCGUGAGAUUGUUUGGUAUAGGGUCACAGAUGGAGGUACUAUCAAGCAGAAAAUCUUCACCUACGAUGCUAUGUUUAAUACAAAUUACUCUCACAUGGAGGACUACCGCAGGCGUGAAGACCUUGUAUACCAAUCAACUGUCCGACUCCCAGAGGUCAGGAUCUCAGACAACGGGCCUUAUGAAUGCCAUGUGGGCAUCUACGACCGGGCAACAAGGGAGAAAGUUGUCCUGGCUUCAGGGAAUGUUUUUCUUACGGUUAUGUCACCCCCAAACAACAUAUCAGUGGUGGCAGAAAACACUCCAGCCCCUUUCAGUCGAUACCAAGCCCAGAAUCUGACUCUUGUCUGCACUGCAAAGGGAGGGAAACCAGCCCCAUCGGUAUACUUUAAACGAGAUGGUGAGCUGAUAGAAGUGAUCUCCUACACUCUACCGUCCGCCAACGACCAGGGGAGCAGCUCAGCAGGGGUGAGAGGAGCCAGGCCACUGAUCAGCAGGGACCUUGAUGACACUAAGUUACAGCGGUCCCUCUCCCUCUUGGAUCCCGAAGGACGAUCGCCCCGCUUGUACACAGAGAGCCCCCAACGUGUCCACACUCAUGGACAACAGGCCUACGAACCCAGCCCUGCAACAGAGGUCAUUCCAGAGACAGUAGUGAGCCGGGAGUUCCCCCGCUGGGUGCACAGCACAGACCCACUCUACUACUUUAGCCACACUCACAUCCCCCAGAGUGAUGGCUCUGUGGUGGUGCAGGCCCGACUUACUUGGACCCUCAACCCCCAGUUAGAUAAUGAUGCCCUGUUCAGCUGCGAAGUGAAGCAUCCAGCACUGUCCAUGCCUAUGCAGACAGAGGUCACUCUAGCUGCUCCAAAGGGUCCUAAACUUUUGAUGUCCCCCAGCAGGGCAAAGGUAGGGGACACAGUGCGCAUCACUGUGCAAGGAUUCCAGAACGAGGUUUUCCCUGAGCCACUCUUCACCUGGACGAGGGUGGGGGGCCGCCUGCUGGAUGGGAGCACUCAGCGAGAGGGGAGGGAGCUGAUUUUGGAGAGAGUGCCAGCUGAGCUUAACGGCUCCAUGUAUCGUUGCACAGCCCAGAAUCCUCUGGGUUCCACAGAUACGCACACUCGCCUCAUAGUCUUCGAAAAUCCAAGCAUGAUGAAAAACACACAGAAUCUAAACAAUGAAGCCCCCCGCAUGGAUAUGCUCGGAUUAACGUGGAUGGCACUUGUCCUCACAGUGACAGUGGAACUGACGUGAAACCUCUCAUCCAAGACGUUCUCGCUCACACAUACUUGCCCUUCUUAUGUAACAUCAACACAUGCACACAGUAACACACACACACACA